UUGAUAAGAGUGACAUGACAUGGAAUUUGACAGCUUGUGUUGUGGUUCGAACUAGUUUUUUUUUAGAAAAGUGAACCGUGAUCUUGUUUUAUCACCUAAAAUUGUUCCUGUUAAUUGUAAACAAGUGUAAGUAAAUAAUAAUCAAGCUCAAGUUAAACCAACAAGUAAUAUUUUCCAUGCUCCUAGAUAUUUGACGUUAGACAAGGCAGAUGAGUUUGUUGUUGAAUUAAGUGAGCUACAUCACAUAUAAAAUCUAGAAAAAUGAGUGCAGGAGGUGCACAGGUAAACAAUUUGCCUCCAGGUGUCAACCCUGAGAAUAACAUGUUGCCUGGAGGACCAAUGAUAAACCCAACAGUAAACAGAAAUAGGAAUAACAAUCAGAAUCCUCUUCUGAAUGUUAGAGAAAGAUUAUUUCAUGCACUGUUUUUCAAGUUUGCCGUGGCAUAUGCUCGGACAUUUCCAAGACCAGUGAGGAGGUUUUUUGAAUUCUUGGUGCUAUUGAAAGCUCUCAUAGCUUUCUUUGUGCUUGCAUAUAUACAUAUAGCUUUUUCAAGAACACCAACUACUUGCUUAAAUCAUAUUAAGGACUCCUGGCCAAGGGAUGGUAUUUUGAGGGUUGAAAUUUUGAGAAAUCCAGCUCAAGAUUAUACUAUAGAACAAAGUUAUGCUAAGGAACGGAGGCUCAAGAAGGAUAAAGAGGAACUUAAUUCCAUGUUGGGAAUUUUAGCUACUGAAGGCUUUAUCAAUAUAGAAUCAUCAUCCAGUGAAGAUGGUGAAGAAGACGAGUACAUAAGAGAUGGUACUGAUUAUGGAAACAUAACAAGGGUUCAUGAUGAGAACCAAGAGGAAUCUGAUACAAAUCAAGUCAUUGAGACCUCAUAUGUGAAUACAGGCCCUGAAUUGACCCCAAGUGAUGGAGAGACUGACCUAAAUGCGACAAUUGUCUCCGGAGAAGAAGUGGAACCUUCUUCGUCAAUAUGGGAAGGAAUAUUAGGGCUUGUCGAAGAUUUAGAUAGAGAUUCUAAGUUGGUUGAUGAAUCUCUGGACGAAGCGGCGUCCAACAAUUCGUCUAAAGAUGAAGAUUACAUUUUAGAAUAUUCCCUCGAGUACGGGUUCCUCCGCUUGUCGCCGAGCGCCCGUCUCCGCCUCAAGAUUCCUGUUAAGAUAAUAACGCUGGACCCUCAGAAAGACGCAUGCUUCGGAGACACCUUCUCCCGGUUCGUCCUUGACGAAUUCCUCGGCUAUGAUGACCUGCUCAUGGCUUCUAUUAAAACACUCGCCGAGCAAGAAGAUAAUAAGGGUUAUUUGAGGAACGUGAUCACCGGCGAACACUAUCGGUUCGUGUCGAUGCUGACUGCACGCAGUUCCUACAUAGCCGCCUUCUUCAUCAUGCUUGUCUUUACGGUGUCAAUAUCCAUGUUGUUACGUUAUGCUCAUCAUCAAAUCUUUGUUUUCAUAGUGGAUCUACUUCAGAUGCUAGAGUUCAAUGUCACCGUGUCUUUCCCUGCUGCACCUCUUCUCACUGUCAUACUGGCAUUAGUCGGUAUGGAGGCAAUCAUGUCAGAGUUUUUCAAUGACACCACAACAGCUUUCUAUAUUAUACUCAUCGUGUGGAUCGCUGACCAGUAUGACGCGAUCUGCUGCCACACCGCCAUUGCCAAGAGGCAUUGGUUAAGGUUCUUCUAUUUAUACCACUUCUCGUUCUACGCGUACCACUACCGAUUCAACGGACAGUACAGCAGCCUGGCUCUUGUCACGUCCUGGCUCUUUAUACAGCACUCUAUGCUCUACUUCUUCCAUCAUUACGAGUUGCCCGUAAUACUACAGCAGGCGCAGUUGCAACAAAUUCUCAUGCGGUCACAUCGAGGAAUGGGUAUGAUGGGCUUAGCAGGUAUAGCAGCAAUGGCGAGCGGAGCAGCGUACCACGAAGCGCCUGGUACUGGCACCGGCACGCAAGCCACUCCUCCAACCACGCAGUCGACGACGCAAACUGUACAAAACACUGCGCAGUCAACAACACAAACCUCACCCUCGGUAUCCACUGUCCAAACUAAUACUACUCAUACAGGGGAUGUGGUGCCAACGAGAACCAGCCCCCCAGAAACAAAUGUAAUAGGUACCAAUACCUCUACGAAUGAACAAGACGAAGUUGCCUUAGUUACGCCGAUACCAAUUGAAAGAAGAAAUUCCGACAAAGAUAUAUCUAGCUCGCCUAAUGGAAAUCGAGAUAUUAAAAUAGAAGAAAUCGCAAGACAAAAUUCUAAGGCUGAAAAUAUAAUUCAGUCUAAUAAUACUUCUGUGCAUACUAUUGCUGAUAUUAGCAAUGAAGUUUUGCCAAGCGCAGCGAAUGAACGCUCUGGCAACGAAGUUGGAGGUUCGACGUUAGAUCGCAGACGGAGUAGAUCUGCUGAUGAGACAGAAGGUAACCAAUCCUUGGUGAACAACGAACCAGGACCCUAUUGCGGGUUCGACUAUCUAGACUAGUACAGUACAUACCUAGUGAAAAUAUUGUUAUAGUUUCAUUUAGUACUAUGUAUUUAGUUCUAUUGUCAAGCGAAGCUUAUGUGGAGGUUAUUUGAGUCCCUGUAGAUACUAAAUAAGUACUACAUACAUUAUAUAGAUGUAAAUGAUAAAAAGCAGAACUUAUAUUCAAACAGCUAUGAUUGAAUACCUUAACUAGAUGGAAAAAUAGCUUCGGAUUAAUUAGAAUGGUUAAAAAGAUUUGGACAUUAGUGUUGUAACUCAAAUACUUGAUCACCAAACACUUUUUUAUUCAUCGUCAGAAUAUAGUUUUUAACUUUGUGUAUAACUCAUUAAUAAAUUGGCUAUUGUGCUAACUUGUUAAAUUCAUAUUUUUCAAUACAAAGCUCAUGAGAGCAUCCUAUUUCCUGAUGCUGAAUAUUUAAUUGCACCUUCAUAAUCAACAAAAUCUGAUGUACUUAAUCCGUUACACGGCUUGUAAGCAUUACAUAUGAGAACAUGAGCGAACCAUAAUGUCGUAAUAUUUUAUCUCUUAUUAGUCCAAAGUUAUUUGUCUAGUUAUUUUGCCUACACAUGUCACAACAGUAAUUCGUAAUCCCAAAGUAUACAUGUUAGUUUUGGCAUGAACUGUCGGUAUUUCAGCAGUUUCUUAACUAUUUUUAAGAUCGUUUCUUCCUUAUUUCAUUGGAGGAGUGACAGUGACAGAAUCUUUACUAAUAUACCUAUACGAUUACUUGUACUUUUUAUCUAAGAGUCUCGAACUUAGGGACUAUCUUAAUCUGUUUGAUUUAAACCAUGUUUAUUUUUUGUUAAUACUUACUCAUAACACAAUAAUGAGUCGUUAAUGCAGACAUGACAUCCCCAGCCUGAUGAAAUGCUGUGUUGAUGCUAGCAUGUGUGUGAGGGCUAAAGAAGUGUUCUAAUUACUACAGGAUUAGACCCAUAAUGCCAAAUAUGCAAAUGGCGUCCAGGUUUAAGCCAAAUCUUUGAAGGCUUAUCAAUUUAUCGCUCAGCUAUGCUUGGAAUGCUUAGAUUUACUUACAUGCAGUGCCAAAUUAUUAAUGUCUCAGAACACCUAGGUAUAUAGAGUAACUGAUUGAUUUAUUGAAUUGUUUAACCGUUGGAUAUUAUGUUUGCUUCGCGUCAGGUUUGGUUGCCAUAUAAAGCAUUUCGUUUCACAUGUAGGUUCAUUUAUUUCGCCUUAUGUUUACGUACUUAUAUUUUUAAUUCUGUGGCUUUGGCAUAUUGCGUAUAUGGCAUUAUGCGUAAGUACAACAGCAAUAAAGUUUCGUAGGUUUGAUUUGAUGAGGUGAUUGUAGCGUUAAGUCCAUUUGCCGCGCUCACAAGCAGCAAUGUGUAAAUAUACAUCUAAAUACGUUAGGAUUUAUUAAACUGUAACAUAGAGUUUGUAAUUUGUUACUUUGAUUAUGCUUUAACAGUUGCAGGAAGAUGGCAUACUCUUUUCAGUGAUUUAAUUUAAUGCAAUAAAAUAUUUUUCUUCA